CUUCCAACAUGGCGCACGCUGGCGGCGGCAGCGGCGGUGGCGGCGGCGGUGGCAGCGGCGGUGGCCCCGCGGGCCGGGGGUUGAGCGGCGCCCGCUGGGGUCGCUCGGGCUCCGCGGGCCACGAGAAACUGCCGGUGCACGUGGAGGACGCCCUCACCUACCUGGACCAGGUGAAGAUCCGCUUCGGCAGCGACCCUGCCACCUACAACGGCUUCCUGGAGAUCAUGAAGGAGUUCAAAAGCCAGAGCAUCGAUACACCUGGAGUCAUCCGACGUGUGUCGCAGCUCUUCCACGAACACCCUGACCUCAUUGUUGGAUUCAACGCCUUCCUUCCCCUCGGGUACAGAAUAGACAUUCCCAAGAACGGCAAGUUAAACAUGCAGUCGCCUCUGUCUAGCCAGGAGAAUGCGCACAACCACAAUGACUGUGCGGAGAACUUCAAGCCGCAGAUGCUGUAUAAGGAGGACAAGCCCCAGGUGCCCUUGGAGUCGGAUUCCGUGGAGUUCAACAACGCCAUCAGCUACGUGAACAAGAUUAAGACCCGUUUUCUAGACCACCCAGAGAUCUAUAGGUCAUUCCUGGAGAUACUGCACACUUACCAGAAGGAGCAGCUGAGCACGAAGGGGCGGCCUUUCCGAGGCAUGUCCGAAGAGGAAGUGUUUACCGAGGUAGCCAACCUCUUCCGGGGCCAGGAGGACCUGCUGUCCGAGUUUGGACAGUUCCUGCCUGAAGCCAAGCGGUCCCUGUUCACAGGAAAUGGGCCAUGCGAAAUGAACAGUGUCCAUAAGAGUGAGCAUGAGAAGAACCUGGAACACAGCAAAAAGCGCUCUCGGCCCUCACUCCUCCGUCCGGUGUCUGCACCAGCCAAGAAGAAAAUGAAACUCCGAGGUACCAAAGACCUGUCCAUUGCUGCCGUGGGGAAGUACGGCACCUUGCAGGAGUUCUCCUUCUUCGACAAGGUUCGCAGGGUGCUGAAGAGCCAGGAGGUCUACGAGAACUUCCUGCGCUGCAUCGCGCUCUUCAAUCAGGAGCUCGUGUCUGGCUCCGAGCUCCUCCAGCUCGUCAGCCCGUUUCUGGGGAAAUUUCCAGAACUCUUUGCACAGUUCAAGUCCUUCCUGGGGGUGAAAGAGCUGUCAUUCGCCCCACCCAUGAGCGACAGAUCCGGGGAUGGAAUAAGCCGGGAAAUUGACUACGCAUCUUGCAAGCGCAUUGGAUCCAGCUACCGAGCGCUCCCCAAAACCUACCAGCAGCCCAAGUGCAGUGGGCGGACGGCCAUCUGCAAGGAGGUUCUGAAUGACACCUGGGUCUCCUUCCCCUCGUGGUCAGAGGACUCCACUUUCGUCAGCUCCAAGAAGACGCCCUACGAAGAGCAGCUGCACCGCUGUGAGGACGAGCGUUUUGAGUUAGAUGUCGUCCUGGAGACCAACCUGGCCACGAUCCGCGUGUUGGAAAGUGUGCAGAAGAAGCUCUCGCGGAUGGCGCCUGAAGACCAGGAGAAGUUCCGGCUGGACGACUGUUUGGGGGGCACGUCGGAGGUGAUCCAGCGCCGCGCCAUCCACCGCAUUUACGGUGACAAGGCACCAGAGAUCAUCGAGAGCCUCAAGAAGAACCCAGUCACUGCCGUCCCUGUCGUCUUGAAAAGGCUGAAGGCUAAGGAGGAGGAGUGGCGGGAGGCCCAGCAGGGCUUCAACAAGAUUUGGCGGGAGCAGUAUGAGAAGGCCUAUCUCAAGUCCCUCGACCAUCAGGCCGUAAACUUCAAACAGAAUGACACCAAGGCCCUUCGCUCCAAGAGCUUACUCAACGAGAUCGAGAGCGUCUACGACGAGCACCAGGAGCAGCACUCUGAGGGCCGGAGCGCCCCUUCCAGCGAGCCACACCUCAUCUUCGUGUAUGAGGACAGACAGAUCCUGGAGGACGCGGCCGCCCUCAUCAGCUACUACGUGAAGAGGCAGCCAGCCAUCCAGAAGGAGGACCAGGGCACCAUCCACCAGCUGGUGCACCAGUUCGUGCCCAGCCUCUUCUUCUCCCAGCAGUUGGACCUGGGGGCGUCUGAGGACUCUGCCGACGAGGGCCGGGGGAGCCCCCAGGGGCAGGGCGCUGACGCUGGCGACCGAAAGAAGCCGGCACCGGGGCCGCAGAGCAGCCCCCCGGAGGAGAAGGGGGCCGUGGGCGAGACGCCGGCCGCCGAGCAGCCGCCACCACCGCCGCCGCACAAGCCCCUGGACGACGUGUACAGCCUCUUCUUCGCCAACAACAACUGGUACUUCUUCCUGCGCCUCCACCAGACCCUGUGCUCCAGGCUGCUGAAGAUCUACCGCCAGGCGCAGAAGCAGCUGCUCGAGUACCGGACGGAGAAGGAGAGGGAGAAACUGCUCUGCGAGGGCCGCCGGGAGAAGGGCAACGACCCCGCCAUGGAGCUGCGGCUGAAGCAGCCAAGUGAGGUGGAGCUGGAGGAGUACUACCCGGCCUUCCUGGACAUGGUGCGGAGCCUGCUGGAGGGCAGCAUCGACCCCACGCAGUACGAAGACACGCUGCGCGAGAUGUUCACCAUCCACGCGUACGUGGGCUUCACCAUGGACAAGCUGGUGCAGAGCAUCGCCAGGCAGCUGCACCACCUCGUGAGUGACGACGUCUGUCUGAAGGUGGUGGAGCUCUACCUGAACGAGAAGAAGCGGGGGGCCGCCGGGGGGAGCCUGUCCUCCCGCUGCGUCCGCGCCGCCAGGGAGACCAGCUACCAGUGGAAGGCCGAGCGCUGCAUGGCAGACGAGAACUGCUUCAAGGUCAUGUUCCUCCAGCGCAAGGGGCAGGUGAUCAUGACCAUCGAGCUUCUGGACACCGAGGAGGCCCAGACUGAGGACCCUGUGGAGGUCCAGCACCUGGCUCGCUACGUGGAGCAGUACGUGGGGACCGAGGGGGCGUCCAGCUCGCCCACCGAGGGCUUCCUCCUGAAGCCCGUGUUCCUGCAGAGGAACCUCAAGAAGUUCCGCAGGUGGCAGUGUGAGCAGGUGCGCGCUCUGCGCGGUGAGGCCAAGAGCUCCUGGAAGCGGCUGGUCGGGGUGGAGAGCGCCUGCAACGUGGACUGCCGCUUCAAGCUCAGCACCCACAAGAUGCUGUUCAUCGUCAACUCUGAGGACUACAUGUACCGCCGCGGGACCCUCUGCCGGGCCAAGCAGGUACAGCCCCUGGUCCUGCUGCGCCACCACCAGCACUUCGAGGAGUGGCAUGGCCGCUGGCUGGAGGACAACGUGACGGUGGAGGCGGCCGGCCUGGUGCAGGACUGGCUGAUGGGCGAGGAGGACGAGGACAUGGUACCCUGCAAGACGCUCUGCGAGACAGCGCGUGUGCACGGGCUGCCCGUGACCCGCUACCGUGUGCAGUACGGCCGCCGCCCAGCCUCACCCUAACCCCCGCAUGGCUGCCGCCUCGGCCCGGAGCAGCCCCGGGGCCUUUUCACGAACAACCUGAGGGGAGCAGUGUGUCCCCCAGCCUUGCUGCCACAGGCUGUGAGCGCCAGAGCGCGAUGGGGUCGUGUUGGCUUGUGGCCCUGUGCCGCCAUCCCUUUCGGCUUCCCUGCUUCCUUUGGGCCUGUCCUGUGCCAAACCUGAGCCCCUCCUGCCCUUGACCUCUGGGGGCUCACUCCCUGCUGGAAGGAGGAGGAGCCACACACUGGCCC